CCUGUCCAUAUUUCAGUUUCAAUUGCUGAAGAAUAUGGGCCAUUUACCUCCCUAGCUAUGAAGGCCAUGUCAGUAGACCUGUGCUCUACUCAUCCAAAUUCACCUCAAGCCAAUGACAAUCUUUCUUUCCAAGAGGAUUCCAUUAUUCCAUUUCUUCCACUUCAAGCCACCUUCAACUAUGUCAAUCAGAUGGAAUGGGCCACACUAUCAAAGGCAAUUGAAAAAUGGUUGGUGACCAAAGUAGACAUCAGGUCUCGAUUAUGGACAUGGGGAUGUGAUGCUUUUUGGCUUGCAUUCAUCACAGCACACCCUCAAUUUCCCAGAGGAAAAUGGCGGAUGUGGGACCCACACAUUCCUGUGGAGGGGGCAUUUAUUAAAGAGUGGUUGGGACGGUCAAGUGACAUUGAUCCCCUAAAAUUAGGGGGUGAUUGUUCUCUUCUGGCUUUACUCAGUGACAUAUGGGCUGAAUUCAACAGACAUACUGCACUCUUUUACCCUUUCCCUCUCAUUGAUGUCAAUUAA